CCCUUGGAGCGAUUCAAGUCGAGGGUCAGGAGUCACCGUGGCCGGGCAGCUUAAGAGAGAAGCAUCCUUAUAUUGUUGUAUUGCUUGUAGUUCUUCUAUUGUUGCCUGCCUUCAGUGAGCCAUGGCGGUGGAGAUGGCAAUGGAGCCUGACUACAUGAGGGACCCCAGGAAGCACCACUUCAGCCCCUACAUGGAGAAUGGAGGCACCUCCAUAGCCAUCGCAGGGGACGACUUCGUGAUGAUCGCCAGUGACACCCGACUCACCCGCGGCUUCAACAUCUUGUCGAGGAACCAGGAGAAGGUGCUGCGCCUCACCCCCCACACCAUGAUGGCCUCGUCGGGCUGCUGGGCGGACGUGCUUACUCUCUCCAAAGUGCUGCAGGACCGUAUCACUAUGUACUCCCACGAGCACAACGAGAGCAUGCCCACCACAGCCGUCGCCCAGAUGCUCUCCACCAUGCUCUACUGGCGGAGGUUCUUCCCUUACUACGUGGCAAACAUCCUGGCCGGUCUCGAUGAACAGGGCAAGGGUGUGGUGUACCAUUACGACCCAGUUGGCCACAUGGAGCAGCUAAACUUCAGUGCCACGGGUGCCUCGGUAGCCCAGAUCCAGCCACUGCUCGACAACCAGGUGGCCGCCCUCAACAUGAAGGGAGCCACACCGCCCAAGAUGACCAAGGACUUGGCGCGUCAGCUGAUUCACGACGCCUUCAUCUCGGCGGCAGAGCGCGACAUCAACACCGGUGACGGCAUCAUUAUCCACACCAUCACCAAGGAGGGCAAGACUGAGGAGAUGGUGAAGCUACGACGAGAUUAGGUCGUUACUGUACUAGGUCGUUGCUCCUCGUGGCCUAAUUUAUAUCUUUUUUUUUUUUUUUACACUCACGGCACUAUAAGUUUCCAUGGAAGCCUGUUUUUUUUUUUAUAUAUAUCAGGUUUAAUUUCUCUUCUCUCCCUCAGUGCUUCUAACCUCCUCACCUUCCUGCUCUUCUGUACCUCAUGUCUUUGUCUCUACUCCUCUUUUUGCCUCUGUGUUCUUGUUCUCGUCUUUGCUCCUUUUCUUGCUUCCUUUUUCCGUUUCUCUUUACUUCCCAUUCAGAAUGUGCAAGGGAGAGAGAGAGGGAGGGUGUGAAAUGCUAAAGAAUUACUAGACAAUAUCUCUUCCCUGCCUUACAAGGAUGUGCAAGAGUCAUCAGUGUAAUGGAAUGUGUUAAAUGCUAUCUGUUUUUUUCUAUACACUGUGAUGUUCUUUGUGAAUUAAGCUGUUCAUUCACCCAGGCCUUUGUUCAGCCUCCCAUGAGAUGCAGGAGUGGCAGUUAGUUCAUAAAGUUUUCUGAAUAAAUAUAAAAAAUGUA